AUGCUGGUCAAGGAGUUGAGCGUCGUCUCCUUGCUGUCCAGCCUGCUAUGGAAUCCGGCCCUGGCAGCCCAUGCACACCAGCACACCCAUCGCAGUUCCAACGCCAACUCCAGCGCCGAGUAUGACUAUAUCGUCGUCGGCUCUGGUGCUGGCGGUGGCCCUCUCGCUGCCCGUCUGGCACGCGGCGGACACAAAGUGCUGCUGAUUGACGCUGGCGAUGACCAGGGUGAUGCCUUGCCACAGCAGAUCCCGGCCAUGCAGCUGCACUCCACUGACUACGAGCCCAUGCGAUGGGACUACUUCGUGAAUCACUACGAGGAUCUCUCCCGGCAGGAGCAGGACAGCAAGAUGGUUUACCGCACCUCAGACGGCGAGCUGUACAGGGGGACCAACCCUCCUGACAACGCGGAACCGUUGGGCAUCUUGUAUCCUCGUGCUGGUACUCUUGGCGGGUCCACGACGCACAAUGCUAUGGUUACUAUCUACCCCUACGAGCGCGACUGGGACGACCUCGCCGCGCUCACAGGCAACGAGACCUGGAAGGCAGACAACAUGCGCAACUACUACAAGCGUCUCGAAGAUAACCGCUACGCACCCAGCGACAUCGUCAACCACGGCUUCGGGGGCUGGCUGCAGACCUCUCUCACCCAGCUCACCCUCGUCGUCGAAGACCUCAAGCUCCUCUCCCUCGUCAUUGCCGCCGGCACCGCCGUGGGCCAGAACCUCGUUGGCAAAGUCCUCAACACCGUCACCGGCCUGGCAGGCAUUCUCACCCGCGAUCUCAACACUGGCUUCCCGUGGAGGGAUAAGGACGAGGGUCUCUUCCAAGUUCCUCUGGCAGUCAAGGUCCCUGAAUACAAACGUACCGGUCCGAGGGACUUCAUUGUCGACACCAUCGACGAAGGAUACAAGCUCGAUCUCCAGCUCACAACCCUCGUCACCAAUGUCAUCUUCGAUACAUCCGGCGCCACCCCCCGUGCCAUCGGCGUCGACUACCUCCAAGGCAAGAGCCUCUACCGCGCAGACCCUCGCUCCGGCUCUGCAUCAGGCGGAACCCCCGGAAAGGUCUACGCAUCCAAGGAAGUCAUUCUCGCCGCUGGAACAUUCAACACGCCCCAACUCCUCAAACUCAGCGGCAUCGGCGCCAAAUCCGAACUGGAAAAGCACAACAUCGACACCAUCGUCGACCUCCCCGGCGUCGGCAAGAACAUGCAGGACCGCUACGAAGCAACCCUCAUCGGCAAAUCCCCGACAGACUUCGUCCUCACCACGAAAUGCACGUUCCUCGAGGAACUGCCCGACCCCUGCUACGAGGACUGGAAGAACGGUGUCGGCUUCAAGGGCACGUACAUGACCAACGGGAUCGCCAUUGCUGUUAUCAAGAAGUCGUCUGUCGCGGAACACGACGAGCCCGAUCUGCUUAUCUCUGGUGCUCCUGGGAACUUCAUGGGGUAUUAUCCUGGAUUCCCGCAAGAGUGUCUUUCCGAUGCGCAGCACUGGGCGUGGAUUGUGCUUAAGUCUCGCUCGCGCAAUAACGCGGGCACUGUUGAGUUGCGUUCCACGGAUCCCAGGGAUAUGCCGGUUAUCACCUUCCGCUCGUUUGACGAGGGUGUCACCACUGAUGGCGCGGAUGAGAAGGAUCUCCAGGCUGUGUACGAGGCGAUGGAGUUCUCGAGGGAGAUCUUUGAUAACGUUGUCCCGCUGGAUGGGGAUUUCACUGAAUCCUGGCCUGGACGUGAUAAUGUUACAAAUGAGAAAGAGAUGAAGGAGUUUAUCAAGAAAGAGGCCUGGGGGCAUCAUGCGUGCUGUACGGCGCCGAUUGGUGAUGAUGGUGAUGAGAUGGCUGUUUUGGAUGGAGAUUUCCGGGUUCGAGGCGUCGAUGGACUUAGGGUUGUUGAUGCCAGUGUCUUCCCGAAGAUCCCUGGGUACUAUAUUGCCCUGCCGAUUUAUAUGAUUUCUGAGAAGGCGUCGGAUGUCAUUCUGGCUGAUGCUGGGAAGUGGUAA